CAUACUAUUGCUCCCAGUCGCAUGUUGGGUGUGGUGCCAUAAUACCGAUUCAACACGGAUUAUUAGCUGUAUGGUUGCAACAACCUAACUAGCACGUUUUGGCCCCCCUGUUCAACAACCCAAAAAUCCUGUGGAGACAGAGUCUACCGUAACUGAGGCCUGUUAGCGUUCUAAGACAUUAAUGUCAUCCGCCCCUGCAUGCAGUAGAAAGACGUUCUCAUGUACCUCCCUAAAACACGUUUUCUUCAGUUUGGCGGUUGAGCCCUCACCAUAGCUAAUAGCAAAUAACCUUCAAACCAUACUUAUUCCGUUACGCCCUUUCCGUCACAGAUGUCGUUUGCUAAGACAACAGAGGCCCGUGAAGGGAGAGAACACCAAUGCUACAGCAAAGCCACUGGAGCCAGGCUUGUCGCCGGCUGCAUUGCCUUGAACGCAGACAAAACUAAAGUCAUCAUGAUCACCUCCACGAAUUCCAAGUCCAAGUGGAUCUUGCCAAAGGGUGGUAUUGAGGCUGAUGAGGCUGGUGACUACCUGGCCACCGCGUUGCGCGAAACGUGGGAGGAGGCUGGGAUCACGGGCAAGCUCACCCUGAAACUUGGUGUCGUCGAAGACAAACGGCCACCAAAAAAGUGGAACACCAAGAACGAAUACGGAAUUAUGAUUCCCAGGACGGAAUUUCACUUCUACGAGAUGCAGGUGGAGGAGUUGGCCAAAGAAUGGCCCGAAUCCAACAAGAGAGAGCGUCGCUGGUGUACCUACACCGAAGCCAAGCAGGAGUUGGAGAAGGCUAAGCGACCAGAGCUAGUUGACGCCCUCAACAGCUGCAGUAUUGACAAACAAUUCAAAGAAAGCACCUAGUUAUGUCGAAGAGUCUACGUAUUUAUGGGAAUAAAAGCUGAGCAAGGCUAUCAGCGAAGAGCAGAGCUGGAUUGCCUCAGUUAGCAGUUAUAUAGGAGGCUUAU